AUGGGCCGAGCUCCCUGCUGUGAUAAAAUUGGACUAAACAAAGGUCCAUGGUCACCUCAGGAAAAUCGAAUACUCUCUGAUUUUAUUCGCAUGAAUGGCCAUGGGAACUGGCGUGCAGUCCCUAAACAAGCAGGACUGUUAAGAUGUGGUAAAAGCUGUCGUCUAAGGUGGCUUAAUUACCUCAGACCAGAAAUUAAACAUGGGAAUUUUACUUAUGAAGAGGAAGAGACUAUUAUUAAGCUUCAUCAACUUCUGGGCAACAGGUGGUCGGCUAUUGCUUCAAGCCUGCCUGGAAGAACAGAUAAUGAGAUAAAGAAUGUGUGGAAUACUCGCUUGAAGAAGCGGGUUUCAAGAAUGGAACUCGAUCCAGUAACAAAUCAUUCAAAGUCACCCAAGGCGGGGCACAAUCUUAUCUCCCUUGAUUACUCCCACUGUAGUGAGAAAAGUCCAACAAUGGAGGAGGGCAAUUUUGAUCUAAUUCGGGCAAAGGCCAUGGUUGAUUUUCCCACCAGAAUUUCUAAUUCUUCGGACACAUUCUUUGAUUCAUACAAUCGGUCAAGCGGAAUCCUUUCAUCUAUAAAUAGUAUAGACAGUAAGUUUGUAAAUGGGGAUUCAAGUUUAAGUUUAGAUUGGCUUGAAUCCAGUUGUACAAAUUCUUUUGAUGAGCCAAUUAGAUAUAAUCAUGCAACCGAAAUAAGCACAUAUGAAGUAAUGUGGGAAGCUCACAAUUUCACUUCAGACUUUCCAGAAGAUGAUUUCUUGAGCUGCAUGGAUGAUGCAGACAAAGAUCCCCAUUUACUCAAUAAUAUAGAGUUGCAGAGUAAUGAUGAUGAUUGCGAUGGCUUUGGUUACUGGUUAAAUAUUUUGAAGCAAGCCGGGCCAUCAUCCACGUUAUUGUAG